CCCCAUAAAGAAGGCAGGUCCUAUAGGGAGGAGGUUGGUGCCCGCCUCUGCCCCUCCUUCCGCUGCCUCUUUUAUUGACGCCUCUCCAAAGUUCUUGUCUUGCCCCCUUUAUAGCGAAAGCAGACCGGGAGAGUGAUGAAAAUGUUUUAUUGCUUUGGAGGGGCUGCGUCUUGAUCUGUCAGACCGGAGGAAGAGAAAUUGAGAAGCGAGGAGAAGCGACGAGAGCAAGACGCGCCGAAAUCCCAGCCCGGCAAAAGCAGAUUCAAGAAGGGAGAGGGGGAAAAGGUGGUCGCGAUUUUUAUUUUUAAAAAGGAUGAGGCGGCCGAGGAGUAAAAGCUAGACCCAGUCCAGCGAUGCUCGGGGAGCGGCGAGGAAAGAAGAGCGCAUCCGGACCUUCUCCUGGCGUUUAGACGGCCAGAGGAGCGAAGCGAAGCUACAAAAUCCGUCCAUGUCCCGGGAACAGGGAGGUCUUCUCCGCAGGCAGCCGCGCUCGGAGCCCCAGGCCGGGCGGGAGGAGAGAGCCAGCAGGAGAUCCCUUUCGGACGCGGAGGCAGGAGCAUGCCGAGGCCAAGAGGACCGGCUCCCAGGAUCCACUGAAGUUCUGCUCCUCCUCGUCCUCCAGCAGCCGAGAGGCGAAGGCCGGGAGUCCCCGCCGUCCAGCUCGCCCGCCGGCCUGCAAGCGCCGGGAACUACAGCCUUCGCCUCGGCCGGAACUGCAGCCGCGUCUUGAUCUGCGCCUUGCAAGUGAAUGUGCAUUUCUUCCUUCCUCCCCGCCUCCUUCUCUCCCACCCCCGCUCCAGGACGGUGGUUUUUGUUUUGUUUUGUGGCGGCAAAAGACUUGACGGUUCUUCUUCUCCACCCCGCCCCCACCAACCCCCACAUUUAUUUUUGAAAGCUCAGUUCAGCGAAUUUCUCCAGCCCUUCACCCCUCCCCGACGAAGCAGCGAAAGAAGGACUUUCAAUACCGAAGGACUUUUACCUUUCCCAGCAGGGCGCCGUAGCAUCCCUGAACUCCCCCCUAAAAAAAACUUCUGCAGUCUCCCAGCUCCCCAAAGCAAGACACUUAAUUUCUCUCUCUCUCUCUGCGCACCCGCCCCACCCCCGCUCCUAAAAGGGGGCCCGCUUACAAACACCCACCCUCUUAAGAAAGGAUACCAGUCAUUAGAUACCCUUAGAUCAGGAUAGAAACCCCCCCCCCAGUUAGUGCUACUGUUCGCAGUAGCAUGAGAUUUUGUGCUCUCCAAUCCUUCCUUUUUUUAUCAGCAAAAUCUUCUUCGGCUGGAGUUUAGUUGCAUUUUUCAGAACAGUGGCCCCCAACACUGCUCUCCGCCAGUGGCUGCACCACAGGGCACCCCGAAUCUCCCCUCUUUCGGAAGAAACAAGGCUGGAAUCUGUCUCAGCUCCUGAACGACCCCGAGAUCUAAACCUUGGGCUCCCACAGACAACCCACUCUCCGCUCUGAGACCCCAGGUUCUGGAGACCUCCCAGUGUAUUUCUCGAGCGUGUUGUCUCUACGCUUCCCAGCUCUCCCAACCCUUCCAAAGCAGGGAACCCCCUUUUCAAAGCGCCCACACACCAGGGACCUCUCUCUCUCCACCCCUAGUAGCAGUAAGACUCUUCCUGCUUUCGCAGAACUAGGACUGCUCCCCGCGCCGCCUUCUGCCUUUUCUGAAAACCCUGGAAGGCGGCCUGAACCCCCAAAUUGGGACGCUGCUUAGACCCAGAGCAGGGAACACCCCCAGUCCAGACAGCCUCCCUUCCUUGUACCCAAAUCUCAAGGAACAAAUUGCCCCUGCACCCCAACACCAGGGCGUCCUCGCUUCCACAGUACCCCGAGAAUCAGGCCCUCUUCCUUCUCCCCUUCCCUUCCAACAGCGGAGCAUCCCCCUCCUUCCCGCAGUUUUAGGGGGGCUGGUCAGUCCCACCCCCUUCUCCCUGGUUCCCUCCUCCGCCCCCAAUAGGAGGAACCCCCUGUCCUUUCCCCACCUCUGCCGUUCGGAUCCCAGACGUCCGGCCUUCCGAGAGCGCAGGAGGUCGUCUCGGUGCAGCCCCUGGGAGGCCGCCCGGCCCGGGGAUGCUGGCGGUGGGGCAAAUGGAUGGCACCCCCCGGCAGAGCGCCUUCCUGCUCAGCAGCCCCCCCUUGGCCGCCUUGCACAGCAUGGCCGAGAUGAAGACCCCUCUGUACCCCGCCGCGGCCUACCCGCUGCCGCCCCCCACAGCAGGCGCGGCUGUUCCCAGUGGACCCUCGUCCUUGUCCUGUUCCUCCUCUUCCUCGUCGUCGUCUUCCUCGGCCUCGGCCUCUCCCUCGCCGCCGCUAGGCUCCCCGACGCCGGCCGGCCUCAAGCCCCACAGCGCGGGGGCCCUGUCGGCGCUGGGCUCCCCCCCGCAGCAGCUCUCCGCCGCCACCCCGCACGGCAUCAACGACAUCCUCAGCCGGCCGUCCAUGCCCGCCCUCGCCGUCUCCUCGGCAGCCGCCGCCUCCUCCUCGGUGGCCUCCUCGACGUCCGCCUCGCCGGCCGCCGGCCUCCUGGCUGGGCUGCCUCGCUUCAGCAGCCUUAGCCCCCCGCCGCCCCCGCCGGGCCUCUACUUCAGCCCCAGCGCCGCCGCCGCCGUGGCCGCCGUGGGGCGCUACCCCAAGCCCCUGGCCGAGCUGCCCGGCAGGACCCCCAUCUUUUGGCCAGGGGUGAUGCAGAGCCCGCCUUGGAGGGACGCGAGACUCGCCUGCACGCCGCAUCAAGGCUCGAUUUUGCUGGAUAAAGACGGCAAAAGGAAGCACACAAGACCGACGUUUUCCGGCCAGCAGAUUUUCGCUUUGGAAAAGACUUUUGAGCAAACGAAAUAUUUAGCCGGGCCGGAACGGGCGAGGCUCGCCUAUUCGCUGGGGAUGACCGAAAGCCAAGUCAAGGUUUGGUUCCAGAACCGGAGGACCAAGUGGCGGAAGAAGCACGCGGCCGAGAUGGCGACGGCCAAGAAGAAGCAAGACUCCGAGACGGAGCGGCUGAAGGGCGCCUCGGAGAACGAGGAAGACGACGACGACUACAACAAGCCCCUGGACCCCAAUUCGGACGACGAGAAGAUCACGCAGCUGCUGAAGAAGCACAAGACCGGGGGCGCCAGCGCCAGCCUCCUCCUUCACACCUCGGAGAACGAGGGAUCCUCCUAGACGGCAGAGAUCCCGCCUAGAUCCCGCCCGGUAGAAGGAGAGCGAGGGGCCCCGAUCUCACCAUCCAUCUGUCCAUCCCCGACGGCUGCUUCUUCCACAACCCUGCACCCCCUCCAGACAGAUGUACAGAUCUAUUUUUCUACCCAGAGAAGAAGGAGAAGAGGUUCCCCGACGUGUUUCAGUUUUGUUUGCUGCUGCUGCUGGUGGUGGUCGUGGUGGUGGUGGGGAAUGACUGUCGGCGGGCCGGCUGUGCGGCCCCCGCUUCCCUCCCUGAUUCCGCAAAGGGGAUCGGCGCCGCUCGACGGCCAACUUCGUUCUCCCCUCUCUGCCCCCUGCUGGCCAGACUCAGAACUACAUCCGUGGGCGACUCUGUAAAUAAUGGGGGGGGGGGGAGCGAGCGGACUUCUUUGACUGUGAAUAUUUAACGUGUACAAUACUUUGGUUUCUUGUUCGUUUGAGUGUCUGUGUGCGCGCGCGCGCCUAGAAAGAGUGCGUUGGCUGUUUGUAUUUCCUUUACUCCUCCGUGUGGCUUUAUUGGGGGAAAGCUCGCUUCUCAAAGUCCUUCUCGUUCGGUUUCAGUAGUGAGAUUUGUGGCAUAUGAAAGCAGGUAGGGAUUUAUUUUCUGAAAUAGCUCAUAAUUGUUCUCCUGUCCCUCUCCUUCGCUGGCUGCGCAAUAUUUCUAAUCGGUGCCAGAGUUGGGGCUCCGAAAAGGGAGACGGAGACGGAAGGAAAUAUAACCAGUUUCGUUUCAGCGAUUCGUCUUCUGUCAGUGUAAGUUUGAGGGUCACACAGGAGUCUUCAUCAGACAGAAGCAGAAUUUUGUGUAAUGUUGGCAUUUGCACAGUUGGCUACAGCCUCAGAUUUGAAUUUAGUCGCUCUGCUCCCCUGCACACUUCCUUGGAAGCGAGAUCCUUUGAAUUCAUCUAGAUAUUCUUCCAAGUGAAUGGCUACAAAUUUUCCUUUAUUUCCCCUCAGUUUUAAUUGAGUCCUAGAAAAUGAAGCUAAUGAUCUCUUUUGCUGUUUGCCAAGCAUAAAAUGUUCCUUAUGUCAGAUGCCAAUAAGGCUAUUUAAUUACUAGCAUCUGAUUUAAUUUAAAUUUAUUUUUUUGUUUGGUUUUUUUGUUUUUUGGAAGCAGGCCUGGGAGAGUUGAAUAUUUUUAAAUGGUUGACCUUACCUGUUCCCAGAAAAAAAGCGUAUUAAAUUUGCUGUGGAGAUAUGUUCCAACUUUUUCCUGCUCAAAAAGAAAUUCCCCCAUUCGUUUUAGUUACUGUAAUUGACUUUGAAAAAUGUGGAGUACAGCAUUGGUCUCUCCCUUUUGUAUAAUAACGAACACUGUAGACUGUCCAUUUCCCCCCACCCUUUUUCUUUUAAAAGCUAAUGAUAACAUUGUAUUAGCAUCUUAACCUUUUAUUAAUUUAUACGAAAACCGUUCGGUUUGUAAAGAGAACAGCAGUAACAACAUCCUUUGCAAGACCAGUUCAAUGCCAUUGCACUUUGUUUUUUUGUUGUUUUUUUAAAAAAGAUAAAACAAUUAAAAUCAGCGACAAAACAAGACGUCUCUUGCCUGGAAGAAAGAGUGGGGGAAGGGGUGUGUGAAUAUAAUGCGAUCUCGUCUGAGAUUAAAUAAUAAAAUUGGUCGUGCAGAAUCUGA